AUGAAGGCCGUCACCGUGAGCAAGUACGGCGAUGCCACGCAGGUGAUGGAGAUCACGGACGUGGAGAAGCCCACACCAGCUGCAGGUCAGGUAUUGGUGAAGAACAUGGCGAUUGCCACUAACCCCAUUGACUACAAGGCCGCUGCCGGAGUGCUGGCGCCCGGUGCAGAGGCUCCGGACAAGCGGCUCAUCGUCGGCUGGGACUGCGCAGGGGUUGUUGAGCAAGCUGGCGAAGAGGUCACGGACUUCCAGGCCGGUGACAAUGUGUGGUUUGCAGGCGACAUCACCAAGGAUGGAUGCUUUGCAGAAUACACUACCAUUGACGCGCGCUUGAUCAGCAAGAAGCCUGAGAGCAUGAGCUUCGAGGAUGCCGCAGCGCUGCCCCUAACUUUCCAGACGGCCUGGGAGGGCCUCGUGGAGCAGAUGAACGUUCAAAAGGGCAAGACCAUCUUCGUUCUCAAUGGGGCGGGGGGACUCGGUUCCAUCGUCAUCCAGCUUGCAAAGCAUCUUGGCUUGACGGUGAUAGCCUCUGCAUCGCGCGAGGAGACGGUGUCAUGGUGCAAGAAGAUGGGCGCAGAUCACAUCAUCAACCAUCGAAACGACCUGAAAAGUCAACUGGCGGAGGCUGGCUAUCCUAGUGUGGACUACCUCUUCAACGCCCAUGAAAAUGAUCGUCUCGGCGAGCUGAUCCAGCUGCUGAGUGUGAACGGCAAAAUUGCCAUCACCUUCAACGCCACCCGCGAGCAGCUCGAAACAGUUGACUUCCAAACGAUGUGGAUGAAGCGACAGUCCUUGGUGCACACGUUCAUGUUCGGGCGUGCCAUGUUCGACGCUAGUCCUGAGAUGGUGGGCGGCAUAAUGGCUUCUUGCGCCAAGCUCGUGGACAGCGGCAUCAUCAAAUCCACGGCGACUACGAAGUUCAAGAGUUUGACGGAGAUCAAGGAAGCCAUCAAAGUUCAAAUGUCUGGCAAGGCCAUGGGGAAGAUCGUUCUGAGCGUGUAG